UUUCCAGAAUGCGCGCCUCCGUCGUACCCGAGUGGAUGACCAACGAAAUGGCGCGUCUGACCGUCAAACUGGAGCGCUACAAGCCUGCAGGCAGAGGCUACAAUCGCAUGCAGUCUAUACGCCUGUCCAAGAGCGUCACCCACAUGCUGAACAAUCCGCUGCCCAACAGCGUCCCUUCAAUCCCCCAGGAUGACAGCCGCGGAGAACAGACAGCGACACGCACACGAGGAGUGCUCAGCCGCAGCGAAUCCCAGUGGGAAGAAGUCUAUCCCACAAUCAAGUUCAGUCGCCAGCACAGCAACGAGAGUGCCAGCAGCAUCGAUAGCGAUAGCAAAUUCACGCACUAUCGCAACUGUUCUACCCGCAUUACCUAAAAAUCCACUGAAAAACCGUGUGGCCCUAUAUAUUUCUAGAUGCCCUUCAAUUUUGCAAUAUUUGUACAUUAUAAAUUAAUAAAUAAAUAUUAGAGUUUUAUUAUUGUCCGUA